GUACUCCACGCUCAGCACAGUGAGCUCCUCCUCCGGUUAGACAAGCUGGAGGCCGCCCUCUCAAGGAGCUGGCGGGGAGAGAGCCGAAAAGAGCUGAGGGCAGCUCUCAGUCACAGUACCUCCUCCAUGGAUCUCUUUGAGAUCCCGGAGAAUCCUAGCGAGAAGAAGCCGGCGGAGGCCCAGGCGGUGCCGGUGCCGAUUGCCCCCAGGGUUGAGUCCAAUGCCAAAGCGAAGCGAAGUGCUACGAGUCGUUACGAGCUUGCGAAGGAGCAGGGCAACCGCGUUGAGGAGAUGAAGCAGAUGCAAAUGGACAGCGAGGGUGAUGACAUGGGCAACGACUGCCUGCAGAGUCGCAUGCGGCCCCUUCGAAGGUCUGCACAGCAGCUGGCCGCAUCAUUGCCUUUCAACAUCUUCUUUGCACUGGUCAUCGUCUCGAACUCACUCGUCCUCGGGUUUCAGCUGGAAUGGAAUGCCAGCCGAGUAAUGGACUCGCAAGACCAAACUAUAUGGAUCAUAGUUCAUGUAGCCUAUGCCAUACUCUUCACGAUAGAGAUGAUGAUUCGCAUUACAGCUGCGGGACCUCUCGUGUACCUUUGUGGUCCUGGCUGGGCGUGGAAUUGGCUGGAUGUCUUUGUGGUCCUUCCCGCUUGGGUGGAGCUAGCUCUGGACCUGAGUGCCCCAAGUGAGGGGGGCGACGGAGGAGCUUCAAGCAAUCUCCGAAUCGUGCGAGUCUUCAAGGUGACGAGGCUACUGCAGGUGGUCCGUUCCGUCCGCUUGAUCAAGUUCCUCGGAGCCUUGCGUGCCCUUGUCAUGUCGGUGGUUGACACGACCCGGCAGCUCGCAUGGGCCUUGUUGCUUCUAGGGUUGGUGAUCUACAGUUUCGGCAUUCUCUUCGCAGACGCUGCCUUGGACUAUGGGAUCCGACACGACCUCAGUGAGGACUCGACGCUUUUGGAGUACUUCGGCGGGGUGUACCUGUCUUGCCAGACGCUCUUCCGCGCGAUUUUGGGUGGUUUGGACUGGGAGAUUGCAGUGAACUCGCUCAUUCAAGUUGGCUGGUUCUGGGUCCAACUUUUUCACACCUACAUCGCUUUUUGCGGAUUCGCUGUGUUAAAUGUCAUGACCGGAGUCUUCGUAAACUCGGCCAUCAAGACUCGUGAAAGGGAUCACGAGACCUUGCUUCAGAACAAGCAGCGCUUCAAGGAGCUGGUCUCAAAGAUAUGGUCGAGGAUGGAUGCUUCGGGGCAAGGACAGAUCACCAUCAUCGAGUUCGAGCAGAUGUUCGAGGAUGAAGAGAUGAAGGCUUUCUUCCAAACCAUCGAAAUCAAUGCCGUGGAUGCCUGGACCCUCUUCGAUAGCCUGGACGUGGAUGGAGAUCACACCAUCAGCUUGGAAGAAUUCUCGGAGCGGUGCAUGCAACUCCACGGCCCAGCCAGGUCGGUAGACUUGUAUGCCUUGGUGAAGCAGAUUCACGCUCUGGGAGAGCAGCAGCAUCAAAUGAGCGAUUCUUUGGCGACUCUGAUUGAGAGGUGGAGGACAGCUUCUCGUUUGCGACUUUGUCACGCGAGCCGCCUGACCGCUUCUCUGCCUGAGGGCUGUGGGUCGGCUGCGGCGGCUGCAAGUGCAAGUGUGCAAGAUAUCCGAGUUUUCGCGGCCCGCUUGUCAGAGGACAGGGCCAUGCCGGCAGGUGGUCUUCGCCUUGGAGAACGCAAGCUCUCCUUGAAGCCCUCGGAAGCCGAGCCGGACUCCGUGCGCUGGGCCUCCUUCGGAGGCGGGAGCCGCGACUUUGCUUGGAGGUGCCUGCGCGCCAUCUUGGAGCUGACAGCCGUGAUCCUCUUGAUCAUGUACGUUCUGAAGUACCCCUAUGCACGGUACGUCCUUUCUUUCUCCUACGCCGAGACCGGGAAGCCGAACAGUUUAAACGGAAGGUUUCUGAUGCUCAUCUCCAUCAUUGCCAACCAGAUCAUCUACCUCUUCAGCGACAAAGUCGCCGAGGAUUUGAAUCUUUGGUACACCGAGCACAAGCAGAAGGCCUACUUGGGCUUCUACCUCGUGGCCAUGAUCCUGGAGCUGAUGAUGGACCUCUUCUUCACUGCAAGGACGACCUUCAACCAGCUUGUGGCAGCCGGUCGGCGGAGCUACGGUGGCGAGAAGCUCUCGGACAUUGCGAGCUGGCACGAGGUGGUUCAGACCUACGUGAUGCAGAACGCCCUGGGCAACCAACUCUUGGAUUACGCCAUGCCCUCCACGUUCCUGGCGCCCUUCAUCUUCGAGCCCAUUCUCGGCUUCGUGGCCUACCACUUGGGAAAGCUGGUCGUUCGCUCCCAUGUGGAGAUGAGCAAUUAUGAUGCGCAGGAGACAGUGAGCUGGUUCUGGGUCAACGACCUUUCACGCUAUGGUGACGCCAUUCUGAACCUCACCAUCGCGGUGAUAUUCCUGGCCAUCCACGGGGGCUUCACUGCGCGGGCAUUUGGCUACCUCCUGGGAUGUCACGUCUACAUCUACCUCUUCGAUCACUGGAUGAUGCUCCGGGCGAUGCCUCGAGUGAGGUAUAACCUGAUGUCAGUCGACAUUCUGGCGCACAUGAUGAUGGCCAUCCCAACCGGCAUUGUCCUGGUCUGCGUCGUCUUCAAGGCCAACUGCAAAGACAUGCAAGAGCAUCCGCUUGGCAAGCUCAUGCCCUUCGAAACGUACUGUUUUGUGAGCAUGGACCUCAUGCGUGUGCUCAUCCUGGUGUUCGUGCUUCAUGCCAGUCUUCACGUGCUCAUCGUGCACUUGCUCCUGAACUACAUCCGGGUGGACCACUCGCAGCAGGAGACCAGCUACGUGGACCUCGCGCCUCGACUUCGCUGGACGUUUCUCGCUCGACGGUUCUGCACUUUCAAAUUGAGGAUCGUGCCCUGCCCUGAGUCGUCAGGAAGAGGCACGAUCCUCCUUGCCGUCCGGGCCCAAUUGUCGGUUGGGGCCAAGGGAGAGAGCUCAGACGCGGACAUGUCUGCAUUGGCAUGCGCAGAGCCCUCGCCAGUGACGGCCAAUAAGCACGGACUCUCCUCGCUCUUUGCCAGGGCCAAUCCAGAGGCGAAUUGCCACUUCGAGGAUGCCAACUACUACACGGCCGGUGUGAUCGAGCCCAGACCUGGCAGCAGCGCGGGCGCCGCAGCUACCAAGUAUGAGGGCCUUUGGGGAGCCAUUACGACCUUUCCCAAGCGUCAGCCCUUCGCCACGAACGUGAUCGUUGCAACGGUGAAAACGUCUUUAGCUGACCUCAUAGUGCAAAAGGCUGAGGGUAAGGAGAAAGUGGAUUGGCAGAGGAACGGUGCCUUCACUGCCUUCGGCUUCGCUUACCUCGGCUUCGUGCAGUGGUUCAUCUACGUGACCCUCUUCACGCGCCUGUGUCCUCACGCAAUCCGCUUUGCGAACCUCUCCUGGGCCGAGAAGCUGAAGGACCGCGCGGGGCAGCUGGACCUCGUGAAGCAGACGUGCUUGGACAACUUUGUCCAUUACACGUUCGUGUACUUCCCCGUCUUCUACGUCAUCAAGGAGGGCAUCAACACCGUCACCGCGGGCCCUGAGGCACCGGCACCGGCCGAGCCCCUGGUUUCCCGGGCGCUGGCCAAAUACUGGAGGAAUUCCGUGCAGGACAACCUCUACAUGUGGGGUCUCUGGGUCCCCUUCGAUCUGAUAAUCUAUGCGGUGCCCAUCUGGAUGAGACUGCCGCUUAACCAUGGCGUCAGCCUGGCUUGGACCAUGAUCCUCAGCGCGCUGCGCGGCAGCGAGAAGUGA